UGUUGUGGGGCCUCGGGCUGGGCUUUGCCAUCACCAACAAACAGGACAGAGUCACAAGCACAAUGAAACCCAGCUGCUGAGUGACGAGCAGAGAACAGCUGUCUCAAAUCACUCUCUCGCGCGCGCGUAUCCCGAAGCUAUUGGGGGGGCUAGCAAGGUCAUUGGACCACGCUCGUCACCGGCUUCGGGAACCUGCGCUGUCUAUAAGAGAUGCUAUGCCCUGACGCCUUGCGAUUGACAAUGGAAUUCUUGAUCAGACCUCAUCACCCUCAUUUUUUUAAGCACGUGAACUCAAGAACUUUGGAAUUUAUUUAUCCUGCCCAGCCCAGCGUGACGCGGUAAUCCACAAUGUCUACCUUCAACGCGAUCAAAAAGAAGAUACCCGUAGGCUCCAUCAUGAAGGGGGCCCAAAAGAUCACCCUCUCUGUAGCCACAGAGACGUCGGCUUGGAAGCGCCCUGAAUCCAUCGCGUUGCAGCAAGGCCCCGGCUUUGAACGAGCAGUUCGUGAUCGGGUGGACUUGAUCCCCGAUGGAACGGUGGACGUGUGUCAAAGAGAGAAGGAACACACAAGUGACGAUCCCGUCGAGCACUACACCGGGGUUUGUUUUGACGCAGACGGAAACGGCAAGAGCGUCCAUUUCCCUAAGAAAUAAUGGGUUGCUUCUGAAAAUGGUGUCUGGUUGGAAUGGAAGUGAAGGUACAUGUAUUCUCAGUCAUCGAUAGCGAUAAUGGCCCAAACGUCAAACAUCUGCAAACCAUGGGUCUUCCAGAAGCUCUUGGGCGCUUGGCCGGUCUCUCGGAUCCAAUUUCAUGAUCUUGCAAAUGAAGUCCCG